AGGAAUGCGACGCAAUCGUGCACCACAGAAAGACAGCGACGAGCCCGCCGAUGUGGACGACGAUCCGCUCAACGCGUCCAUCAUCGCCAUCGUCGAGAACGCAAAGUUCGAGGUCGGCGUCGCAGUGAUCUGCUUGGCGGACUACGCGGUUGAGAUCUCUCAAUUUUGCGACGAUCCCGCCUACUCCAAGACUGUGUCGAUGAUUGCCCGACACGAGCCCCGCCAGCUUUUCUUCACGGCCGCAAUGAAGGACAGCGUGCUCGAGUGCAUCGUGAAGAACGAGUUUUCCUUUGUGCGCAUCGAGCACCGGUCGCGGAAGCACUGGGACGAGCUGCGGGGGCUUGGCCACCUCCACUACUUUUGGGAGCACGAGGCCACCGUGUUUGUCAAGGGGAUGCUGCGAAUCAAGUUUACGGGAGCACACGGCGUGCUUCUGCUCGACCCCGCCUCGGAGUCGCUCUAUGGCAUCCUCAAGGCCGGGUGCAAGACUUCGUCGGGCGCGCGGCUCCUCCGUUCCUCGCUGAUUCAGCCCAGCAACGACCUCUCAACCAUCAACACGCGUCAAGAGUGCGUGCUGGAGCUGCUUGGGCGCGAAGACACGCUGCUGGACCUGCAGCGUAUCCUGCCGCAGCUGGCUGACUGCGACCGCGUCCUCAAGCACUUCAUGCAGCGGUCGAGCGACGCGUCAAAGCAGUCGCAGAGCUCCCGAGCGGAGGCUUCGAUCGCAUCGGUCCUGCACCUCAAGCAGCUGGUGCAGAUCGCACCGACCCUGGCAUACGAUGCCAAGUACGAGAAACGCCACGCUCAGCGCCAGCUGCAGUGCCUGUUUGCGGCGCGGAACGAGCUGUCGGGCAGCCUCAAGACGCAUCGUGAGACGCUCGGCGCUCUGACGCUGCAGAUGGAGGAGCUGCUCGAGAGCCUUCAGCGCGACCUCUCCCUGGAAUCGCUCAAGCUCAACUACAGCCAGAGGCGCGGGUACCACUUCACCCUUCCGGCUGCAGAGCGCCCGCUGGCCGUGCAGCACAACUUCAUCCACAUCCAGAUCAUGUCCAAGCGGACCGUCGGCUGCUCGACCGAGAAGCUCCAGCAAAUCAACUCUCGCUGCCGCGAGCUGCUAGAGCCAAGGCAACCCCGCAUCGCAGGCGAGCACUCCGCCGUGCCAAACGACGUCUUCGUCACCCCCGCGUGCAACCUGCAGCUCAUCACUGGACCGAACAUGGCGGGCAAGUCCACCUACCUGCGGCAGGUGGCGCUCAUCUGCCUGAUGGCGCACAUCGGCUGCCCCGUCCCCGCCGAGGACGCGCAAGUGCCGCUGCUGCAGCGCGUCUUCACGCGCAUCUCCACCUCGGACUCGCUCGAGACCAACGCGUCGAGCUUCGUGAGCGAGAUGCGCGAGACGAGCUACAUCCUCCGCAACACGGCGUGCACGACCGCGCAGUACUGCACCGACUUCCUCGCCGAGGUGGCGGGCAUCCCGGCGGGCGUGUGCGCCGCGGCGAAGCGGCUGGCGGAGCGAGUCGAGUUCGACCCGGUCGAUGCCAACGCGGAGCGAUCCCGCGCCGAGGCGAACCGCAACAGCAUUGCGGAGCGGCUCGUGAUGCUCCAGCGCAGCUCCACCCUCUCAGACGACGACCUCUCCCGCUUCAUGCACGACCUGCAAGGGCGCGCUACCGAUGACGCGAACGACUCGGCUGACGACCUCGACGAGCCCUGCUUGCCCGACGCCCUCCGCGGCCUCCUGGGCGGGGGGGGCGCGGAGGAGGCAGCGCCAGCGCCGCCGCCGCCGCCGCCGCCGCCGCCGGUGGAAGAGCGCUCGCAGCCCUCCCCCGCGGCGGCGGAGGCGGUCGAGGACCCUGCCAGAGGCGAGGCCGUCGAGGCGGCCGACGACCUGGGCGAGCCUAGCCUCCCCGACGCCGUCCGCGGCAUCCUCGGCGGGCAUGUCAGCAGGGCGGAGGAGGCGGCGCCAGAGACGCCGGUACCCCCUCUCUCGGGGCCGGCUGCCGGUGAAGCCGUCGAGGCCGUCGAGACUGCGGCGGCGCAGCCACCGCCAAGCACGAUCGCGGAUCGACCCGGCCUGGCACCCGCCACGGUGACUUCUCGCUUCUUUGCGCAGUCCGGAUCGAGCACGCCGUCGGUGGCACGCGCGCUUCUGGCGCUCGCAUCGAGUCAGCCGGGCACAAGCUGA